AUGAACGUGCACGUCCGUGAACUGGCGCGGGCACUGACGGGAAGGGGGGUAACGGUCGACGUAUUCACCCGGGAGCACGAUUAUCAGUGCGACGAGGCCGGCGUCGACGGAGCCAACUACGUGCACGUACCAGCCGGGCCCCCUGACGCCGCGCUGCCCGAUCUGGCCAACUACCUGGAUGAUUUCGUGGCCGGCGUGAGGGCGUACCAGAAACGCAACGAUGUUCAAUACAUAGCGAUCCAUUCUCACUAUUGGCUGAGCGGAUGGGCCGGAACGCGACUGGCCGCCGCGAGCGGGACGCCGCACGUGGUCACCUUCCAUACGCUGUCGCGGAUCAAGAUGCAGUCACGGUCAGGCGAGCAGGAACCACCGGUGCGGCAAGCGACCGAAGAACGCAUCAUCGGCGAAGCCGAUUGCGUGGUGGCGUUCAGCCCGCACGAGCGAGACGCGAUGGUUCGGCUGUACGCGGCUGAUCGAAGGCGCGUGGAGUUAAUACCUUGCGGGGUCGACCUGGGACGAUUCCAGCCCAUCGGGCGGACGGCGGCGCGCCGCGAGCUGGGCCUGAACGGACACAAGGUGCUACUGUUCGUCGGCCGGAUCGAAGCGCUGAAGGGCGUGGACCUGCUGCUCCAUACCGCCGCCUCACUGGAAUCCGAAGAGGGAUUGCAGGUGUUGGUGGUGGGUUCCGAUGCCGACGGUAGCGGAGAGAUGGAAAGGUUGCACCGGCUCUCCGAUGAACUUCGACUGGGCGACACAGUCGAAUUCGUGGGCAGGGUGCCCCAGGAACAAUUGGCCCUUUACUACUCCGCCGCCGACGUAUGCAUCGUGCCGUCGUUCUACGAGAGUUUCGGUCUCGCCGCGCUGGAAAGCAUGGCGUGCGGAACCCCGGUGGUGGCUUCCCGCGUGGGCGGACUUUCCACAAUAGUCCAGCAUGGCAGGACCGGGUACCUGAAAUCGUGGCGCUGCCCCGAAGCGUUCGCGCAGUCGUUGGAGAUGAUAAUGGCCAACGAGGACCUGCGGGACAGCAUGGGCCGGGCCGCGCGAACCCGGGCCGAAGACCUGAGCUGGGACCAGGUAGCGGGUCGCCUGCUGGCACUUUAUGACCGCCUUGGAUCGGCCGGACUUGAUCAGGACACGGCCCGCUGA